AUGAACUUCUCAGCCAACGACUACAACGAGACCAAUGAGGAUGGACUUUCUGAACCGUGUUCUUUCAGCAACAGCAACAAUGUGAACGUUGUGGUUGGUCCUUACAUUCACUCCAUCAUCUGCAUCCUGGGCUUGGUGGGGAACAGCCUGGUCAUCCUCACCUAUGCCCUCUACAAGAGAACCAAAUCCAUGACUGACGUCUACCUGCUCAAUGUGGCCAUCGCUGACCUGCUGUUCGUGCUGGCUCUACCUUUCAUCGUCUACAACGAGCUGUACUCUUGGCCCAUGGGGCAGGUGGCCUGUAAGCUGCUGCGUGGUUCCUACAGCGUCAACCUGUACAGCGGCAUGCUAAUGUUAGCCUGCAUCAGCACCGACCGCUACAUCGCCAUCGUCCAGGCUCGCCGGAGCUUCAGGUUACGCUCGCUGUCAAACAGUCGCAUCAUCUGUGCCCUGAUCUGGAUCUUUGCCUUAAUGGUGUCUGUUCCCACUUUCCACUUCUACCAUUGGUACGAACCAUCACAUAAUDACAUCAUBUGGUUMAACGGCACCGAAGAGGAAGAGACGACAGAUCCACAGUACGUCUGUGAGUGGAAAUUUGAUGACAGCACCACUGCUAGCAGAGUGAAGGUUGCUGUUCCCAGCACCCAACUGGCCAUUGGCUUCUUCCUGCCGCUGCUCAUCAUGAUCUUCUGCUACACCGCAGUCAUCAUCACCCUGCGGAAAGCCAAAAGCUACAAGCGACACAAGGCGGUCCGAGUGGUGAUGGUGGUGGUGCUGGUCUUCAUCGCCUGCCACUUGCCUUACAACCUCAUCCUGAUGCACGACACCGUCCAUUUGUUUGAUUAUAGUGAUUGUGACGAGCAGGACUCCCUGCAGAUGAUGAUGUCUGUGCUGCAGACCGUCGCCUACCUGCACUGCUGCCUGAACCCGCUGCUGUACGCCUUCAUCAGCGUGAAGUUCAGGAGCCACUUCAGGAGGAUCUUCCAGGAUCUCUUCUGUGUGGGAAAGAAAAUCAUCGCCCCACGACCCGAGUUGCCUCUCCAUGGUGGCCUCCAGUAUCCGCCGCUCAGUUGA